AUGGGAGUUAAGAAAAGACCACUUUCAACUGACAAUGGCUCUAGAAUCAGUACCAAGAGGGCAGAUUCGUAUGAUUCGAAUUCUCUAUUAAGCGCUUUCAAAUCUCUGGGGCGAAAGAGACCAGGAAUUCAGCAAGUCAUCCGUAAAAGCAGCGUCUUUGUGCCAAUAACAGAUACAGACAUACAGUUUUAUCAACACUCAAAACUCGCAAACGAAAUCAAGGAAGACACUUUGCAGUUUGUACACCACCAAGAUGGUUUAGCCUACAUAUGCAUUCAGGACUUUAGUGCUCUGGAGCUCGCUUUAGCACUUGGGUUUAUAUUGGGCAACAAGGGCAAACGAUGGUUUGCAAAAGAGAAUAAGGAUUCCAUGGUUGUUCCUCGAAAAGUCCCUUUACGCGGAAGCUUUUAUAUUCAUAAAACGUGUAAAGUUAACCAAAAGACCAACGACAUACCCGAUGGAAUCACAAUAUCCAAAUAUAUUCAGCUGAACGAUUUCAUAGAGAUUUCAAUUGAGCAAUACGGCGUGGGUCCCUUGAUGGAUGCAAUUAUCAAGCUAUCCAUUGGUAUGGUAUUUCGCAAGUCUCCUGCCCAAGUUAACUGCGAGUUUUCAAAUAGUUUACGAGAAUCAAAACUGAGAAGCCAAAUCGCAAUGACCACAGUUCCAUUCUUAGACAAAAACCUAUUGAUAGAUGAAGAUGAACUAUUCAAGAGUAAUGGCCCUGCCCUACAGAAAAGUCAGGAUCUAUUAAAUGCUUACGUGAAUAGUCUGCGAGAAUAUAACGAAGCUAUACCAACUCUGGAAAAGGGUGAUAAAAAUGCGUCCCGUGCCUCACCGCAGCCAGUCGUAACGAAAAAAGCACCGGCUCCCGCAUCUACGAGCCGUUACAGUGGCACCAGAAGCGUAGGUCAGUCCACCAGUAGAUACGGCAUGCCCAACGGAGGAAGUGCUGGUAACAACAAUGGUCGAACGCUGAACCCCCAGUCUCGAAGCUUGACCUCAAACUAUCUCACUCAAGAGCAGGUCAAAGAGUAUUCUAUCGCUACUGUUAAAGCUUCGAUAGAGGCCGUGCAGAGCAAAUCGCCUUACCAGAUUCUGAAAACUUAUAUCAAAUUCCCGCGUCACGACUAUAUCGACCUCCUGUACGACAAGCUCCACGAUAUGAGGCAAGAGACCAAUUGUAAUGUAGUCGUCAUGAACUUGAAUAACGUUCAUGAGUCCACUUCGUGGUUUGACUCGCUGGAUGUCGCCAAACACAUGGAAAAUGCAAAAAUUACAUCAGUGCCACAUCCGAGCACAGUAAGGGUAGUGAGCAUUGGUGGGAUAGGUGAGCACAAUGUAAAGGCACUUCGGCUGCUUCUAGAUGUGCUGAAUACCAAGGUAUGA